AUGUCCACAGGCUCCGUGAGCGACCCAGAGGAGAUGGAGCUGCGGGGACUGCAGCGGGGGUACCCAGUCCCCGCCUCCACGAGGCCUCCCCUCCACAGUGCCGAGCGCAGCUACGCCUCGCCUAGUGACAACUCUUCAGCAGAGGAGGAGGACCCCGACCGCGAGGAGGAGCGCUGCGGGCUGGGCGCUGCCGGUGGCCCUGGAGGCUGCAAGAGGAAGCGGCCCCGUGUGGCUGGGGGCGGCGGCGCAGGCGGCGGCGGGAGCGGUGGCCAGGGCAGCAGCGGGAAGAAGUCCCUCCCGCCCAAGGGCUCGGCGGCCGAAUGCAAGCAGUCUCAGCGGAACGCAGCCAACGCCCGCGAACGCGCUCGGAUGCGCGUGCUGAGCAAAGCCUUCUCCAGGCUCAAGACCAGCCUCCCCUGGGUGCCCCCCGACACCAAGCUCUCGAAGCUGGACACGCUCCGGCUGGCGUCCAGUUACAUCGCACACCUGCGUCAGCUGUUGCAGGAGGACCGUUAUGAGAAUGGUUACGUUCACCCAGUGAACCUGACAUGGCCAUUCGUGGUCUCAGGACGACCUGACUCCGACACCAAGGAAGUUUCCGCAGCCAACAGACUAUGUGGAACCACCGCUUAG